AUGGUCGCAUUCAAAGGGGAGACCAUCCCAGCCAGAGGCUGUGUGUUGCAUCCAAUUCUUGUAUCUGGCCACAACAAGCUGCUUCCCGUUUGCUGGAUAGCUCUCCGUUCGAGUGGUCAAAGGAGUGGAGCGCACAUCAGCGAGCAGGCCGUCGAUGAGGUGGGCCAACUGGCCAGCCAAUACGCCCAGCUAGCGAAGAAGGUGCACGACCUGCAGAGCGACAGCAUCAGCUGGCUCAAUCAGGCUAAGGGUCGCGGCGGCUCAAUCCAACACGAGGACCAUCACCUCAAGGUGCUAAUCGACAAGGCCGAGAAACGUGACCCCAUCGUUCUGGCGGCGGCGGCGCCACGUACGGCACUCAUGGCAGGGAUGGGUGGUGUACGAGAUGAUUCAUGGUUGUACUGUAGUAGGUACGGGAGCAUUAUAAACAGCGGGCGCGGGUGUGGCGUGAAGCUGUACCACAUGUACGGAGCUCACCGCCUCUACCCCGUCGUCCCCCAGUCGGCUAUCGCAGUCCGCCACCACCAGGUGCACCUCUACGGGGGUUCGGGGCCCCAGGUUGGCCAGCUGGAGCAGCUCCCCAGGGGCCAAGUUGUACGGCUGCGAGGGCAAUGA